ACAGUCCUUCUUUUUAUCUGCAGCUGUGGUGGUGGUGCUUCUCAGUCUCAGUCACAGGUUACUCCUCAGGCUUGUGGACUGCUUAAUAAAACUAGAAGGGAUUUAAUUUAUUUUGUUCAUUCUUUUUCCCCAAAAAUCUACAGUUUUUUUUUUGUCUCUCACCAUCGCAACACAUUAACCAGACCUCCAUGUUUUCUUCAGUGUACAACUGGACCUGGACUGUACAAGCAUCAAACUACGUAAGAGUGACUGCGACCAAGUGAGCCGCAGGAUUGUUGUUGUUUUCAAGGUAUAGAGAGGAAUCUUUAACUGAAAGGAUCUGAUGACAAGUUACAGCAGCGGAGGAUUCUUCAACCAUGCCUACCAUGACAGCGAGACUCUGGAAGUCGAUAGAAGGUCUUCCAGCAAAACCCAACACGCCAACCCCUAUGCAAGGCAGGACCCGACCUGGCAGGGUGAGAGGGUAGACACAUUUGCUUCAUCGCCUGGACGGCCCACUAGUGAUGGGGGAGAAGGGAGCAUACCCUGGGGGGGCUGGCAGGAGGAGAGCUGGAGGGGGAGAGAGAGCAUCCCCAUGGGCCUCAUCUCAACACGCCCUGGGAGUCCUGCACGGCCGUAUGACCUCAAUCACAGUUCGUUCCAAAUCCCCACCGACACUCCGUAUAAUCGAUCAUCUGCUAUACGGCUUCCUUCCACAACGUCAGGCAACAUGACUAUGAGAAUGAGGGGAUCAACAUUAAGAAGGAUGAGCAUGUUUCCCAAUGCCGAUCCUGCCAAUUUAGCUUUCACAGAAGAUGCCAUCAGGAAUGAGAUGGAAAAUGAGGAACAGAACCUGGUGAAGGAACUUGUCGCCCUGUCAACACACGAGCAAAUUCAGGCCUUACGGGACCGUCCAAUGAGCUUCGAAGAGAAAAAACACAUCUGGAGCCGAGUACUGGCAUUCAAAUCUGCAAAACAAUCCCGCCAGCUCACAUGUUUUGCAGAGUGCUCUGACAGAGUGUCAUUGACUUUCCGUAGGUGUGGCUACAGUAUAAAUUCGGCCAGGCAGACCCUUGAGCUCUGGCAAGGGAUUAUGAAAGAGAUUGGCGGCAAGUUUGGCACCAGUGUCCUCUCCUAUUUCGUGUUCCUCAAGUGGCUGCUCAUGUUCAACAUUUUCUCCUUCCUUGUCAACUUUUGCUUUAUCACCAUCCCGAUGCUUGUUUACGACCCCUCACCCAACACACCCCUGAAUGUGAGCUUCAGAGGACUGGAGCUACUGACUGGAGCUGGCUACUUUCAUUACACAACCAUGUAUUACGGCUACACCAAUAAAACCCUGGUGGGUUUGCUGGAAUACAACAUGCAGUUGGCAUAUUUCUUCACUAUAGCCGUCUACAUGGUGCUGUGUGGACUAGUACUUAUCUUUAGCAUGGCCAGCUCAUUCAAGAGAAACUAUGUACUGGCAGACCCAGUUUCAAACAGUGCAUGGCAGCUUCUGUGCAGCUGGGAUUUUAGUAUAACCAAUGAGCGAGCUGUGAGACUGCGCAAGAACAACCUGCGUGUCCAACUAAAGGAGUCUUUGUCAGAGAAGGCCCAGAAGAAACUGCUAACCGUCUCUGAAAGGCUGAAGCACUUUGGGGUUCAUCUGGGUUCCUGGCUCCUCUCCACUGGUUUAGCUGUUGGCUGUGGAACUAGCAUCUAUUAUCUCUGCCUCUAUGAAGAGAAGUGGGCUACAUAUACUGCUAACCUGUCUCUGCCUGAGGAGGCAGAGACUCUCCUGGUUCCCUUUGUUGUUUCUCUGAUGAACCUGGUCGUGCCGCUCUUCUACUCCCUUUUCAACAAGUUUGAGCACUACUCAAGCCAGCGAAUACAGAUCUACGCUCUGGUAGUCAGAAAUGUGUUCCUUAAGAUGUCCAUUCUGGCUGUUUUGUGUUACUACUGGAUGAAUGUGGUGGCUAAAAAGUUUUUGUGUUGGGAGUCCAUGGUGGGACAGGCUCUGUACCGUCUGGUCAUUUUUGAUUUCCUUUUCCUGAUGUUGGGAUCCUUCUUUGGAGAGUUUCUAAGCAAUGUGAUUGGGACGAGAUUAGUACCACGUCUUGGGCUACCAGAGUUUGACGUAGCUAGGAACGUCCUUGAACUAAUCUACGCACAAACUCUGGCUUGGAUUGGUAUCUACUUCUCUCCCCUGCUGCCAGUCAUCCAGAUUAUUAAAUUUUUCAUCCUGUUUAACUUAAAGAAGGUCAGCCUGACACAGAACUGCCAGCCUCCGCGGCGGUCAAGCAGAGCAGCUCAGAUGCAAACCAUCUUCAUCGGCCUUCUCUUCUUCCCUUGUUUUGUGGGGGCCUUGUCCAUCGUUGCAUACACUGCCUGGAGUCUCCCUCCAUCAGAGGAGUGUGGCCCUUUCAGAGGACUAAACAACACGUUCAGUGUCGUUGGACUUUGGAUAAAAGAUCUGGAGGGAAUCUAUGGUGAUCAAUGGGGGAUCGUGUGGAUCUACCAAAAUGUCAUUAGAAGUGAAAUCUUCUACUUUUUGGUCACAGUUAUUAUCCUGGUCAUCAUAAACAUCUUUUGGCAAAUAACUAAAGGCCGGAAGCAGCUCAUUGGUCAACUGAGACAACAGAUAGUGAAUGAAGGGAAAGACAAGUCUUUCUUGUUAGAUAAGCUUCAGAAUCUUCAGAAAUGUCAGCCGAAUAAAAAGUCCAAACAGAAGAAUCAAAGAAAGCACACCAAUCGGCAUUCAGAUGACCACUCCUCUGGAGGUCAUUCCAACUCAAACGCCAUGGUUCAGACUUUACUCACCCGACAGCGGCUUGGAGAGGGGAAGGAUGGUCACAGUCGUGACGGAGUGCCUGUUCCAUCUGACAUCUCAUCGUCCAGCUCUCUGGUUCAAGUUAUGUUGGCCCGUCAGAGAGCAGAGGCCACAGAGAGAGAUGAAUACUACAGUAGAACGGGUUUCUCUGAGAACCACAUCGAUACACCCAGUGCUGUCACACAGGCUAUGCAAGCCAGACAUCAAGCAGAGGAAUACGGAGCAGACGAGGUGGAUGACCUGCCGUCUUCUGUGUCGAGUGUUAUGAUGCAAGUCAUGCAGGCCAGGCAGAGAGCAGAGGAGAGGAAAGGUUUCAGUGGGCCUCCGCUCCUCAAGAAACUGCAGCUCCUGCAGGCUCCAGUGCACUCAUACAGGCCAUGUUGGCCAGGCAGCAGGCCCAGAACGAGUAUGAUGAUGGUUACUGAGAAAGGAGUCUCAGUUUAUAUCCCCACAGAGAAAGGAGCUGAACUGAAAAGAACAACAAAAAUGAAUUAUGGUUAUGAUUCUCUGGUUAUGAUCUCUGGUCAUACCAGCUGUACAUAAAAAAGUGCAAAUAUAGUAUAUUGUAGCAGGACAAGGAGAGAGUGCAGGCCCACCUCUUUAACAGUUUAAUAUAUUUUAAAGUAUGUUUCUACAGCAGUUUAUAAGCAUUAUAAAAUAAAUGAAUACUAUAAGUAAUAAGCAGCAGGCCUUAUUGAGCCAUUUCAGAUUUAAUUUCUGUAUUAUGAAAUAAAUUGUGACUUGUGUAUUCUCUGAAAAAUGUGGACACUCAGCUAAAACAUAUAAAAUAAAUGCAAAGAGAUAGUAAUGACUGUUCCAAGCCUAUCCAAUUGUAACAAAUGACACUUUAAGUGAAAUAAAAUAUGCCAAAAUAA